AUCUGUGAAUUUGGCGUCGAUUUGUGUGUUUGUAAAUCAUUUUCGUAAUCAAAAUUUAUAAACAAAUAAGUUGAACUUCCGAAUUAAAAUGCAAGAAGAUUUAGAAGUAACUGGCGUCUCUCGAAGCGGAAGGGUGAGAAAAAAGAGUUCGAAGUUGAUGGAUUUCGAAUCUCCGGAUGACAUUGAGCCUAGAUUCCGUAAGAGUUCGAUGAAAACGUAUUCGGGGGCUCGACAUGAGGAGCAGCCUGUGAUGGAGUAUCAGGAGCCACCGCAGCCGCAGAGACCGCCGGACGACGCGGGCACGGCCUCAGGCAGUGAAUCUGACUAUUAUGAGAACAAUGCUGAUAAUGGAGAAAGUAUGGAAUCAGACAGUUCAUUGUCUGAUGAGAACUCGGCUCGUACACCUGCCAACUCACUCUACAUGAUGGAGAAAAGUAAAAAGAAGCUUAUUAUCAAGGAUGGCAGAGUUGUGGGUCGAGCUAAAGCUCAAAGAAAGGACAAAGGUAAAACUCGUAUCACUGCAUAUAUGAUGUGGGCAAAGGAAGCCCGCAAUGAGUUGCUGAGGAAACAUCCUGAUAUGGAUUUCUCAGCUAUAUCCAAAAGACUUGGUGAAAUGUGGGCCAAUGUAAAUUACAAUGAAAGAUAUCUUUGGAAGCGUAAGGCCAAACGAUUUGCCAUGCAGAAGGAGCAGAGCAACCAAUCCACUGUUAGCAAAAUCAUAUCUAACCAAACUCCUGUUCGGCAGUCUGUACAUGCUGGUCCAGGUAGACCACCAAAGAAUAAACCUCCCGUUACCCCACCACAGCCAGCUGUUCAGGCUAACGCGGCGGCGGCGGCUGCGAGCGCGACGGGCGCGGGCGGGUACCGCGCGGGCGGCUGCGGCGCGGUCGAGCUCGCGGCUCACCUGCGCCUGCUCGGGGAAAGCCUAGCGAUCAUCGGGGAGCGGCUUAAGGAGCACGAGGGUCAAAUAGCCGUGUCCGGUUCGGUGUCAGUGUUGCUGGACACUCUGCUGUGCUCGCUGGCCCCGCUGCUGGGCGUGGCCCGGGCCAUCCCCAACAUUGGCCCACCGACGCGCCUCCUGCAAGAAACUCUACACAACAUCGCCUACAUUAUGCCUGGAUUGUGAGCAUUAUGUUUCUCAUAAUUUUUUUAAAUAAUAUAAGAAUAUUAAUAUUCAGUGUUAGAAUAGCUGUUAAUGUUGUGACAGUAAAUAGUAGCAGCAAAUCAGCAAACAUUAAUGUUAUGACAAGAUGUAAUUACACAUUCAAGUUUUGUGUCAAUAAAGUACUGAGAAUACUA